AUGGGCUCAGAAUUUGGUGUCACUCCCGACACCAAGCCGGAGGCCCGGCUUGACGGAGUUGGCAUCUUCUGGAUCGUCUUCGCCGUCUCGUGGACUCUUAUUCUGAUCGGUGGCAUGACAUUCUUGUGGACGAAGCGGGAUAUGCCAAUUCUCAGAAUUAGAGGUCUGAGUUUGUCAUUUGCCGCAAUAACGUUACUUCAUUGUUACUGGUUUGCCGUCACUACUGGCUACGUGUACGGUGCUUUGAUGCCUGAAGUGGCCGAGUUCUGGAUUAUGAGUAUCUGGUUUCCCUUUGGCAUCGCUCUCUUCCACGCCUCCAAUAGUCGAUUCUUGUACGUUGCCAACGCUCAAAAGAAGUACGUCAAGAAGACUGUAGAUCUGGGUUGGGAUGGUCAACGUCCUCGAAUUCGCAAGACGCUGGUCGCCCGUUGGAAGAUGCUUGCCUACACCAAAAGGGUCCUGAUUCUUGUCGGCUUGGGAAUGGCCGCUCACCUCUUCCUCACCAUCUUCAUGUUCCUCGUGUCUCGCAAGUUCCACUCAGACUUUGGCAUCCCCGGAACCGAAGUCACGGGCACCCCCAUGGAGCAAAAAACCCAGCAAGGUCGCGGUUGGGAAUGGUGGCCAUCCAUCUUCUGGCAGCUGUUCUGGGCUUGGAUCGUUGCUCCCGUCAUUCUGUGGCGCUCUCGAAACUUGCGCGAUACCCAGGGAUGGCGAACUCAGACCAUUGCCUGCUGUCUGUCGGGUCUUCAUGCGUCCCCCAUGUGGCUCAUUGCGCUCUAUGUUCCUGGCAUGGCCGCAGUCAAUAACUAUUGGAUUCCUCCUCAGUGGAUUGCCGUUUCCAUCAUGAUGCUCGAAAUCUUUACCGUCUUCAUCCCCGUCUGGGAAGUUCGAAAACAACAAUCUCUCUGCCAGGAGACCCUCGACUCGAUUGCUCGAUGGGAGUCCCGACAGAAGUCUGUCCAGCACAGCGGGAAGUCUCUCAACUCUGGCACUUCUUCCACGUCAUCAUGGAUGGGACGUACCAAGGCUGGCUCAGUGUCCACAACCGGUGGCAGUAUCCUGACCAUGGACGCGCUAGAGCAUACCUUGGCCAAGAACCCUGAGCCUCUGCAGGAGUUCUCCGCUCUUCGAGAUUUCUCCGGAGAGAACAUUGCUUUCCUCACCCGAAUCCGCGAGUGGCGUGCCCAGUAUAUUGUCAACGCCAACGCCAACCAGACGGUCAAGGAUGAGAAGGACAGCGAGACAACAUUGACACUCUCACGCGAGUGUUUCGAGAGCGCCCUGCGCAUCUACAUCGACUUCAUCAGCAGCAACAGUGCCGAAUUCCAAGUCAACCUCUCUUCACAGGAUUUCAAGAACCUCCAGGCCAUCUUCGAAGGCGCUGCUCGCGUCGUCUGUGGUGAAUGCACCAGCCCCGACCCAGCUACCCCCUUCGCCGACGUUCCCAAGCCACAAAGCGAAUCCGGAGAGACCGUCCGGUACUGGGGCGAUAUCCCCGAGGCUUUCAACGAGGGUGUCUUUGACGAUUCGGAAAUGAGCAUCAAGUACCUUGUGCUCACCAACACGUGGCCCAAGUUCAUCAAGGAGCGACGCUCAUUCGAUGGCACAAGCACCGUGGAGUCUGGUAAAUAA